ACGGAGCGUCUCAAUCUCUGGAAUCGUGCCGGCGAGAAGGAGUAGAACAAGCUAUGGGUUUCGACAGUUCAUUGCGUUUGGCCAUCAUGGCCAUCAUGUGCCUUGCACUUGCAACGCCAUCUCAGGGCUGCUGUGAUAUUCGCCAGGGUGUAAUGGAUCGCCCCAGGCUGUGUCCUGGCUUCAAUGUCAACUUUGGCUCCGUUGCGGACAGCCGCAAGACAGCGGGAUUGGCUUGGUCAGUGGAUUACGGCGUGAAGCCAACAUGCAAGUCAGGCCACGCCGCAAUGGGUAAUGUUUCAUGUUUGGCCGACGGAUCCUGGUCUUUCCCGUCCGGUAUGGAUCAAGCGCAGUUCGUCUCGUCCGCUUGUUCCGUCCGAGUACUCUGCCCUGGUUUCAAGAUCAGUCAUGGCUCUGUACCAGACUCCCGCAAGCCAGAUGCUAUGCCCUCUUCUACCAUAUACGCUGUGAGGCCAACGUGCGAUUCAGGUUAUGAUGUGAGCCACAAAGCUACUUGUUCAGGCGAUGGAUCUUGGUCUUACCCGGCUGGGAUGGACAAACCUACGUUUAUGUCCACCGCUUGCUCCGCCGCCGCCAGAGGUCAUCAAGGCAAAACAGCAUAG